UUCCCUCUCCUGAAACCGGGCUUUCUGCAUCUGGCUGUUUGAAUCUUCCUAAUUUCUCUCUCCCCAACCACCCUCCAUAACCAAACUCCUAUGAAGUUAAGGCUGGGAAGUUGCUUUCUGUAACCUCUUGAGAUAAGGUAUUAAGUCAUGAUGCAGGAAUCUGCGACAGAGACAAUAAGCAACAGUUCAAUGAAUCAAAAUGGAAUGAGCACUCUAAGCAGCCAAUUAGAUGCUGGCAGCAGAGAUGGAAGAUCAAGUGGUGACACGGGCACUGAAGUAAGCACAGUAGAACUGCUGCAUCUGCAACAACAGCAGGCAUUGCAGGCAGCCAGGCAGCUGCUUUUACAGCAACAGACAAGUGGGCUGAAAUCUCCUAAAAACACUGAUAAACAGAGACCACUACAGGUGCCUGUGUCAGUGGCCAUGAUGACUCCCCAAGUGAUCACCCCUCAGCAAAUGCAACAGAUUCUCCAACAACAAGUUUUGUCUCCCCAGCAGCUCCAAGCACUUCUUCAGCAACAGCAAGCAGUUAUGUUACAGCAGCAACAACUUCAAGAGUUUUACAAGAAACAGCAAGAGCAGUUACAUCUUCAGCUUUUGCAGCAGCAGCAGCAACAGCAGCAGCAGCAGCAACAACAGCAACAGCAGCAACAACAACAACAGCAACAGCAGCAACAGCAGCAGCAGCAGCAGCACCCAGGAAAGCAAGCAAAAGAGAAAUCACCACCAGGAAGUGACAGCUGUAUCCAUGGAGAUUCUGGUUCAUACAAGACAUUCUCUGUGCAAAAAUGUCCUUGGGGAGCAUUGCAAGAAGACAAAACUGACUUCGUGAAAUGGCCCAUAGAAUUGCAGCAGCAACAGCAGCAGCAGCAGUUGGCAGCCCAGCAGCUUGUCUUCCAGCAGCAGCUCCUCCAGAUGCAACAACUUCAACAGCAGCAACAUCUGCUGAAUCUUCAGCGUCAGGGACUCAUUUCCAUUCCUCCUGGCCAACCCGCUCUUCCUGUCCAGUCAUUGCCACAAGCUGGCUUAAGUCCUGCUGAGAUUCAGCAGUUAUGGAAAGAAGUUACUGGAGUUCACAGUAUGGAAGACAAUGGCAUUAAGCAUGGAGGGCUAGACCUCACUACUAACAAUUCUUCUUCUACUACCUCCUCUACCACUUCCAAAGCAUCGCCACCAAUAACUCAUCAUUCCAUAGUGAAUGGACAGUCAUCAGUUUUAAAUGCAAGACGAGACAGCUCAUCACAUGAGGAGGCUGGAGCCUCUCAUACCCUCUAUGGCCAUGGAGUUUGCAAAUGGCCUGGCUGUGAAAGUAUUUGUGAAGAUUUUGGACAGUUUUUAAAGCACCUUAAUAACGAACAUGCAUUGGAUGACAGAAGCACUGCUCAGUGUCGGGUGCAAAUGCAGGUGGUCCAGCAAUUAGAAAUACAGCUUUCUAAAGAACGUGAACGUCUUCAGGCAAUGAUGACCCACUUGCACAUGCGACCUUCGGAGCCCAAGCCAUCUCCAAAACCUUUAAAUCUGGUGUCCAGUGUCACCAUGUCAAAGAACAUCUUGGAGACUUCCCCUCAGAGUUUACCUCAAACACCUACUACACCAACAGCCCCAGUUACUCCAAUUACCCAGGGACCCUCAGUCAUCACCCCAGCCAGCGUACCCAAUGUGGGAGCCAUUCGAAGACGACAUUCAGAUAAAUACAACAUUCCCAUGUCAUCAGAAAUUGCCCCAAACUACGAGUUUUAUAAAAAUGCAGAUGUCAGACCUCCGUUUACUUAUGCAACUCUCAUAAGGCAGGCUAUCAUGGAAUCAACUGACAGGCAGUUAACACUCAAUGAAAUUUAUAGCUGGUUUACACGGACAUUUGCCUAUUUCAGGCGCAAUGCAGCCACUUGGAAGAAUGCAGUACGACAUAAUCUUAGCCUGCACAAGUGUUUUGUUCGAGUAGAAAAUGUUAAAGGAGCAGUAUGGACAGUGGAUGAAGUAGAAUACCAGAAGAGAAGGUCACAAAAGAUAACAGGAAGCCCAACGUUAGUGAAAAACAUACCCACCAGUUUAGGCUAUGGAGCAGCACUUAAUGCAAGCUUACAGGCUGCGCUGGCAGAAAGUAGUUUACCUUUGCUUGGUAACCCCGGAUUGAUAAACAACGCAUCCAGUGGCUUACUACAGGCAGUCCAUGAAGAUCUCAAUGGUUCCUUGGAGCACAUUGACAGCAAUGGAAAUAGCAGUCCAGGCUGCUCUCCUCAGCCUCACAUACACUCAAUCCACGUCAAAGAAGAGCCAGUGACUGCUGAGGAUGAAGACUGUCCAAUGUCUUUGGUGACAACAGCAAAUCACAGUCCAGAAUUGGAAGAUGAUAGAGAAAUUGAAGAAGAGCCUUUAUCUGAAGAUCUGGAAUGAACAGAGACUUUGGAAACCUCAAAAUGAAGGGACAUAACACUGACCUUCCCAACCACUCCAUAACCAUGAAUAUUUGACAAAUUUUUACUGUGACUAUUUAUUAAGCAUGGAUAAAGGAGAACAAUCCUAAAGGAACUCAUUAAGCCAGCCCUUUGGGAAUCCAAUUACAAGCAGGCAAAUAGCUUGUGUUUUUUUUCAUUUUUUUUCCUUUCUUUUUUUAAAGAUAAACUGAUUUUCUUGAAAAACAAAACUGUUUAUAUAUAAUGGCUUGCCCAUUUAAAAAAUGUGGCUAUCAAGGGUUCAUGACAUGACUGAAUAUGAGGAUACAUGUUCUGUAGAAAGCAAAUGGGCCUCAUAUACUGCCAAAAAUAGUGUUAGUUUCAUCAAUGUGAAAAUUCCAGCAUACAGUAGUUGUAAUAAUGUUAGAAACAAUUGCUGGUCAAGUUCAACUUGUUGCUAUUGUUUUUAAUUUGCACAGGAGUAGUAUCAGAAAUUAGUGUCACUGCUUGUAUCUAGCUGAAUUUUAAACUACAGAACAUUAGUUUUUUAUGUUGGUGCCACCAACUGUAAAUGACAUAAGUUAGUUCUAACCAACCACAGUAAUUAGACUGUUGCAACCAUCUAAAAUCUUCUAAGCUUCCAGUCUGUGCUGUUAGUGUUAAGAUGUAAAGUGCAAUCCUAAGCUAACAUUGUCUGUGCAAGCACCAUAGAACCAUUUGCAUAUCUGCAUAUAUCUUACCACUGUACUCUUUACCUCCUUGGGAUAAAGCUUUGUCUACCUGCAAACACAGUCAAAGGCUACAGCUGCAAACCAAAGCCUACUCUAACAAUGGCCAAUAGCUCAAUGACAGAAGCAGCCCCAUGCUUUGGUCAGCCUUCUGUAACUUUAAUUAGUACAAAGGAACCUUUCCAUGAACUACCUGCUGUUUUCUGAUGACCUCUGGGAUCUUUUCAUUUAGCCCUAGACCAAGAAAUAAAUAUGGGGGAAAAAGUCAAUUUUGUCACAGUGUAAUCUUCUGAGGCCAAAAGUCAACCUCAAUGCAGUGAAGAUUUGUUUUCAUUUUAGAACAGAGGUGAGAACAAAGUCUGGGCAGAAGUUAACAAUAGAAAGCAACAAACAUGGAUCACUGACCAAAACAAUGAUGUACUUGAUGCAAAUGCAGAUUGCAUAUUGUUAUGUAAAAUAUGUUUUUUUUAAUUAUGUUCCCUCCCCAUCCAGACUGGUUUCCCCCAUCCCUGCCCGCUCCCCGCUCCCCGUGAUGAAUACAUGUUGUUGGAAGAAGUCUUGUAUGGUCUUAAACUUCGUUGUGUGCUACUUUUUAUAGUCUUAAGUUAUAAAUGACAAAAAAAGUAGGAACCAAACAUAAAAAAAGGUCUAGUAAAGCCAAAAAUUAAUUUCGUAUUGAUUUAAAGUAAUCUAGGUGAGUUUUUACAAUGAAAGCAAAGAAUAUAGCAAUUGUAGUCCAUGGUAUUUAUUUUCAGUCAAACCAAAGUUACAUAGAAUUCUGCCUCUGUUUAUACGGGAUACUAACACUAACAAUACACUCCCUUUGGAAGACUUGCACAGGCCAAAUUGUUGGAAUGCUGUUUCUCCUUCUCCUGUUUUUCUUCUCCUCCUCCUCCUUCCCUCCCUCUGUCCCUCCCUUCCUACAGCUCCAAACCCCAAAUUACAAUGGUACAAUAAUGGUGUAUUUGAAACUAACAUAGUCUGAUGUUUGCUUAUAUCCUAGAAACUUUACAUGUUGCUUUUCAUGUGCUGUGCCAAGUCUUGAUAAUACUUUCCCCCCCAACCAAGGGACCUCAUAACCUGAUUAUGGUUAUUGCUUUACAAACCAUUUUUUUCCACAGAAGGUGGCUGCUAGAGCUUAACAUAAGUACCAGUUCCAUGUGAUGGACCUGGGUCUUGCAAACUAAGCUCAUUGUAUUCUUUGCUGAAAUCAGCAAAUAGACUUAAAGAGAAACACAGUCAUCUAUCACGCCAAAUAAAAGGACAAAAUGGCUUUCGAAAGGGUUUUUCCCACUUACCCAAAAGGCUUUUUGAAAGCUUCUACCUCUGCAAAAGAAAAAACAAAAAACAAAAAGAAAUUAGAACAAUUAUGGCAGAUCGCAUGAAUUGUGAGAUCAUCACAGUAACUGCUACUUUUCAUUACGUUUGUCUUUGGGUCAUGAUAACAAAAGGUUUAAAGUAGUUACAUCAAAAGAAAGCUAUAACAUGUGAAUGAGGGUUUUCCCCCCAGUCAUCUGGGAUCCCUGAUAUGUGGAUGACUGAAAGGAACUGAUGUUUCUUUCAAAUGCAUGUUCAAAGACUUUGAUGGACUGGAAGUUACAGUGAUAAUUGGACCAUCAAGAAGGUGGCCUAAGACUACAAUGCUAAAGUAUGCAUACCUCAGUUACAAACCUUUUUGAAAGGAAGUCUCAGCCACAGAAUGCAUAUACCUGUAGAGUUUUGCAUGGGUUUUAUAUAAAUACAAUUUAAAGAAAAAAAUAGCUGCUUGCACAUUAUACCAGAAAAACCUCCAAAACUGCAAUUGCUUUGAAAAAUAGACUUUAGGUUUUUUGGAGUUUUCUGAGAUGCUUGGUCUGUAUUUUGAUAAUUGUGCAUAUUAUGUAAAAAUGUUGGUGGACCCAUAAAUGACCAGACUUUUUCUAAGAAAAAUGUUGCUUUAAUGCAUUUCAUGAAUUUUUACUCUGAUAUCAUUGCUUGCUAGUAAUAGCAAACCUGCUUUUCUGCAUCUGCUUUGCGUAGCUAUUGUAAGGCUUUGAACUAAUGUAUGUAUUUAUUGCUUGAACUUCUGUGCAUACCUUAUAAAGCAUAAUGUCUGACAAUUUAAAUGGCUCAUGUAUUCUUGCUUCUAUCAUAAGCUGAUAAUGGGGACUAUGAUCUUUUGUAUACAGCAGAUUUUAACUGUAGCACAAACAUCUGUUUAUGUAUUGGUGGAAUAUACCUGUUUUAUUUAUCUUUUUUGAGGUAAACUAAUUUUUGAUACUUUUCAUUACUGUGUACUGUGUUCAUACCUUGAAUUCUCUGACGUUAGAAGUCAUGGUUGAGAAUUGUAACAGCUGUUGUUCAUUCUGUAUUCAUGGCUCUCACUGCUGAAUAAAAUAAAGGACCAAACCUAGGAUUUGAAAGAAAACUGUCUACCUCUAACACCAGGGAGUUAUCAGACUUUAUUUUACAUAGUUUUAGUCUACAAAGACAAAAUUGCUUAAACCUAGUGGGCUUAAGGCUUAUAUUCUGUGUGGUUGAAUUCAUGGCACAGUUGUACUGUUUGAAAAUCAAUUAAAAUGUCAUGUGAAUAUUGCAAGCAUUAGGUACCACUAACUGGGUUUUCUUUUGAUAACUCAGAUAUGAGGAAAUGAUCAUCUGCAUUCUGUGUUUACAGCUGUUUAACUUCAUAAGAAUGUGGUUUGGGGUUUUUUUGCUUUCUUUUUCUCUUUUUGCGAUGAAGGAAUUAAAGCACAGCCAGCUAGAAAUAGAGCAAAUGAUCUUUAUUUUUGAAAAAAAAAAGAU